AUGCCAGAACACAAUGUAUCGACAAGUUCCAUGACCAAUGUAUUGAUUAUUGAUGAUGAAACUCAAAUUCGUAAGUUUCUCGAUAUUGCACUUAGAGCACAGGGCUAUAAAACGCUACUGGCUGAAAAUGGUCAAAAGGGCUUAGAGCUUUUGGCUUUGCAAGGCGCUGAUUUAAUUAUUUUAGAUUUAGGACUGCCUGAUUUAGAUGGUUUAGAAGUUUUAUCUGAGUUGAGAGCUUGGUCGCAUGUCCCUGUGAUUGUUUUGUCUGUACGUUCCAAUGAAGAGGAAAAGGUCAAAUUACUGGAUGCUGGCGCCAAUGAUUAUGUGACGAAACCUUUUAGUGUUCAGGAGCUUAUGGCGCGGAUCCGCGUAUUUCUUAACCAACAACUGAUUUCACUGACACGUAAGGAAUAUCAAUUGCUGACUUUAUUGGCGCAACAUAAGGGGCAGUUGAUUACUCAACCACAAAUUCUCAGUGAUUUAUGGGGACCAACUCAUCAGGAAGAUACUCACUACCUAAGAAUUCUGGUGGCCAAAUUGCGUGGAAAACUGAAUGAUAAUGCGGUACAACCCAAAUAUAUUGUGACUGAACCGGGUGUGGGCUUACGCUUUGUAGGCUAA